GCGCCACUGUGCUCCUCUUUUUUUAUUUUUCUCCCUAAAAAAUAUUUCCAUUUAGUAGUAGUAUUGUUUCUUGACCAACACACAAACCCAACUCCUCUAUCCCACCCACAGCCACCACACCCAUCAGUUUUCCGGGGUUUUCUUACCCCUCUCUCUGUUUCUCUGCUCCGUCAAAACACCAGCCGGGAAAUUUUUGGGUAACCCAUCACAACAAAGUCCUCGUCUUGGGUUAAAUUCCGAGGUGGGGUUUUUUUUUUUUCUGAUUAGAGGACGGGAGGGAGGGGGUUUAAGGAGGGUUUUUUUUCUUCUCUCUGGAUCGAUCGAGAUGUUGGUGACGGCGGCGGGUUCGGAUCUCGUCGGCGGUGUUGGCGCCGGCGAUUUCAAGUGGCCGCCUGGGUUCAGGUUCCAUCCGACAGACGAGGAGCUGAUUCUCUAUUACUUGAAGAGGAGGAUCUGUAGGAGGAAACUGAGGCUUAAUGUCAUCUCCGAGCUUGAUGUUUACAAGUGGGAUCCUGAGGAUUUGCCUGGGCUGUCGCUAUUAAAAACUGGAGAUAGGCAGUGGUUCUUCUUCAGCCCUAGAGACCAUAAAUACCCUAAUGGAGGAAGAGGAAAUAGAGGAACUGCACAGGGAUACUGGAAAGCCACUGGGAAAGAUCGUGUCAUCACAUGCAAUUCCCGGAAUGUUGGGGUGAAGAAGACCCUAGUUUUCUAUCGAGGCCGUGCUCCUACCGGUGAGCGAACAGAUUGGGUCAUGCACGAGUACACUUUAGAUGAGGAGGAACUGAAGAGAUGUCCUAAUGUCAAGGACUACUACGCACUUUACAAAGUUUACAAGAAAAGUGGACCUGGUCCCAAAAAUGGUGAGCAAUAUGGAGCUCCGUUCAGAGAAGAAGAUUGGGUGGAUGAUGAGACAGCUGUCGUCUCUGUUCCUGAAGUUCCUGCUAGCAAGAGAAACAACAAGUUACCUCUUCCUCCUCCUGUUUGCAAUGAGAAAGCUGUUGUCUCCUUUCCAGAAAUUCCUGCUAGCAAAAGAAACAACAAGUUACCUCUUCCUGAUUGCAAUGAGAAAGCUGUGUGUCCAGUCGAGCCAUCAUCAGAUGAUCUUUUUGACCUAAUUAGGGAAAUUGUCGAGGAACCCAUAUGUGGCCAACCACCAGUAGUCACGGAAUUCUGUCCGCUGUUCCAGGUGGAUGCUGAAGGAGGAGCAGGGAGCACAGUGGUUAAUUCCUCUACAAGAGAUUUCACCAUCCCCAGUCUCAUUGAAGCUUCUUCUGGGAAUGGUCAGCAUGACAAUCAGGCUAGCUUUGACUUUGAACGGUCAGAUUUAUCCAGGUUGGAACAGCAUGAGACACCUGAAGUCACUUCUGCAGUUAACAACCCUGAACGUCUUCUUCUGUUGAGCGAGGGGGAUUUCCUGGAAAUGGACGAUCUACUUGGGCCAGAACCUACGGAGUCUAACCCCGAAAAUCCAUUGCCAGCUGUUAGUUCCCAUGUCGGGGAACCUGCUGAGAAUUCACUGUUCGAUGGUCUUGACGGAUUAUCUUCUUUAGAGCUAUAUCAUGAUGCUGCCAUGUUUCUAAGAGACAUGGGACCUCUCGAUCAGGAUACAAUGUCACAAUCUCAGGGAAAUAACGUGGUUGAUGAAAUGGGUUACCAGUAUCAGCAUUCGGCAGUAAACCAGAGUAAUUGUGAAGCGCAGCUUCAGUUUGAUUACUCUUGGCAACCCGAAUAUACGAUGAAUGAAGUAGGCCAGAGCCUGCAAACACAAUCAUGUAAUGGAUUCUACUUCAAUAAUAAUCUUCAAGGGGGUGAUCUGAAGACCAAUGGUGGACAGAAUUAUGGAGCUAACUCCCUACAAACUUCAGGUAUGAUUUGUGAUUCUAUCGAACAUUAUCCCGGAGUAAUUCAGAAUCAAGCCGGGAAUACUAAUAAGGAUGAUACUUCUGGCUGGUUCUCUUCCGGACUGUGGUCUUUUGUCGACUCAAUACCUUUUGAACCUGCAUCAGCUGCCGAGAAGCCUCUAGUAAAUAAGGCUCUGCUGCAGAUGCCAAGCCUAACAAGGUUGAGGAUGAACGUAGUAAACCCUAACUUAGAAGUUGCUCAAGCUGGCAAUGCUGGCGGUACUGCAAAUGUAAGGAGGUCAAGGGCGAACAAAGGUCUGGUGGUGUUGUCGUUGUUGGGAGUCUUAAUUGCUGUUUUGUGGGUGUUGAUAGGGAACAUAAAACUCUUCAGUGGUAGAUCAAUAUCGACAUGAAUAAACGCGUGGAAAGAGUGUUGUUUAGGGUUAGGUUCGUCUCAGCAGUAAAUAUUCAUCUUCUAUGGGGGUGUAUGGCUCCAAAAAUUUUGAAGGUGCCUUAGGAAGUUGGGGAAGGUACUGCAAAGUUGUAGGGUUGGGUAGGGAAAUGAGAUGAGAUGAAUUUAGGUGACCUGAGACCUGGUUCUUAUGAAUAUUGGAAUAUCAGUAAGAAUCGUUUAGUACAUGUCUUCCUGAAAGUUUUUACAAUGUGUGCAUGACUACUUGCAAAUUAUAACCCUUCCAGGUAGAAUAACAAAACCGAGAUCGAGUUGUAGUAUCGUGAUGUACAUUGUGUUGCAAUCAAAUAUGCAUUUGGUA